AUAACAAUUUAUUUCCGACACGAUCUCUCAGAACAGUAGUAUAUAAGAACUCCAAACCCUUCUCGAGCCCUAGACAUCGCACAGCUUCUCCACUUAAUCUCGUUAGGGGAGUGAAAGUGAAACCAACGAUGCCGGACUACGAAGGCAGAUACGAAGGUAACGGUAAUGGAGAGGAUCUCGACAAUUAUGGUUCCUCUCCUCAACCACGGGGUAGUAGCCAUGGCGGUCCCGAUGACUAUAGCGAUUCUAAAUCUCAGCAUGGUUCUCGUGAGUAUCAAAGGGAGUCUUCCAAAAGCAGGGAAAGGGAAAGAGAGAAAGGGCGUGACAAGGAUCGUGAGAGAGACAGGGAUAGGGAAAGGGACAAGGAGAGGGACAGGGACAGGGACAGGGACAAGGAGAGGGACAGGGACAGAAGAGACCGCUAUAGGGAUCGGAGUGACAGAAGGGAACGAACCAGAGAUAGAGAUGAUGAUGAUUUCCACCGCAGCCGAGAUUAUGAUAGGCGAAGGGAUUUUGACAGGGAUAGAGAUGACAGGCAUAAGCGCAGGUCUCGUUCUCGUUCCAAGGGUAGAUCCGAACAGAGAUCAAGGUCAAGAUCUGCCUCGCUGUCAAAGAGCAAAAGGGUCAGUGGUUUUGACAUGGCGCCCCCUGCUUCUGCAAUGUUAGCCGGUGCUGCUGCUGCUGCAGACUUCACAGGUCAGAUUCCCGGUACCACUCCAACCAUUCCUGGAAUGUUCCCGAACAUGUUUCCAUUAGCCUCUGGACAGUUUGGAGCUCUUCCUGUUAUGCCAGUUCAGGCUAUGACUCAGCAGGCUACUAGACAUGCUCGGCGGGUAUAUGUUGGUGGACUUUCUCCCACAGCCAAUGAACAGUCUGUUGCAACCUUUUUCAGCCAGGUUAUGUCUGCAAUUGGAGGAAACACUGCUGGACCAGGGGAUGCUGUGGUUAAUGUUUAUAUAAAUCAUGAAAAGAAGUUUGCCUUUGUGGAGAUGAGAUCUGUUGAGGAAGCCAGUAAUGCAAUGGCUUUGGAUGGUAUCAUUUUUGAGGGUGCUCCAGUCAAGGUGAGGAGACCUAGUGAUUAUAACCCUUCUCUUGCUGCAACACUUGGUCCAAGUCAGCCCAAUCCCAAUUUAAACCUUGCUGCUGUGGGCCUAACACCAGGUUCUGCUGGGGGUCUUGAGGGUCCUGACCGCAUUUUUGUUGGUGGGCUCCCCUACUACUUCACAGAAGCACAGAUCAGGGAGUUGCUAGAGUCUUUUGGUCCUCUUCGGGGUUUUGAUCUUGUGAAAGACAGGGAAACUGGAAACUCCAAGGGCUAUGCAUUUUGUGUUUACCAAGAUCUUUCUGUUACUGACAUAGCUUGUGCUGCAUUGAAUGGAAUUAAAAUGGGUGAUAAGACUCUCACUGUUAGGCGUGCAAACCAGGGUGCUUCCCAACCUAAACCCGAGCAAGAGAAUGUAUUGUUGCAUGCACAGCAGCAGAUUGCUUUACAGAGGCUAAUGUUCCAGCCUGGGGCACUUGCCACCAAAGUUGUAUGCUUAACUCAAGUGGUUAAUGCGGAUGAGCUACAAGAUGAUGAGGCUUACGAAGACAUUGUUGAAGACAUGCGCAUAGAGGGAGGAAAAUUUGGUAAUUUAGUGAAUGUUGCCAUACCUCGCCCAAAACCAAAUGGUGAACCAACACCUGGGUUAGGAAAGGUUUUCUUGGAGUAUGCCGACAUUGAUGGUGCUACAAAAGCCCGGACUGGAUUGAAUGGAAGAAAAUUUGAUGGAAACCAAGUUGUGGCCGUCUUCUAUCCAGAGAACAAGUUUUCCCAAGGGGAAUAUGAUGGCUAGUUUGUCUGUAUCUUCUGGCUUUCAACAUCAGAAUUCACUGGGCAUGAUGUUUUCCGAUGUAUCACUAUGGUCUUUGGCCUAGAUUGGGUUAUAAAAGUUCAUGUUCUAAAUGACAGCUUACAAUGGGUCUCUGGAUUACCCUAUUUUUAACUUUGCAGAUAGUAGACAAGUAGUUCUUUUACCCCUCCCCCUUUCUUUUUUUAUUUCUAUUUCUAUUUCUUUGUUUUGACUGGUGUUCGGAAGUAUAAAAUUGUUGCUGUUGAACCUGA